UAAAUGCUCGAAUCACAGGUAGACCACCCGAUGUUUGUGUGUGUUGCGUGACUGUGGUAUCAAUGGCGGUUUAAAAGAAAUAUGGGUCAACGUAAAUAAGUUGGCCGCGAUCGGCUCUAAAAUUUUAACCUUAUCCUACAUUGCAUCGAAAAGUUUAGAUGAAAUGUUAAACGAGUCUUGUGUGCUAUUUUUGCCCCCUCCGAGCUGUUUAAGGUGUCACUCCGAUAAGUGAGUAGAAAAAAGUCAAUAAAUAAUCUCUCGAAAUGACACCUUAAUAAACGGCUUGGAGCGGGAAAAAAAAUAACACAAGACUCAUUUAACAUUUCAUCUAAACUUUCGAUGCAAUGUAGGAUAAGGUUAAAAUUUUAGAGCCGAUCGCGACCAACUUAUUUAUGUUCACCCAUAUUUCUUUUGUAACCGCCAUUGAAACAAAGUCACGCAAAACACACAAACAUUGGGUGGUCUGUCUGUGCUCGAAUUUGCGCCUAGAAUUUGAAAUAAGCCCCCCUUCAAAUAAGCCCCCAAGCCCUCCGUAAAAACGAGGUUCGGUACUCAGCAAGAUACAAGCCUGCUGCCUAACAGGCGCGGCGGGUGCUUUAGUUUCUUGUCUGGGCGACCAAGUUUCUGAGCAAGGAGCCCAAAUGGGCGAAUAAAAAUCUUUCUGAACACGGGUAAAUUUAAUAGAACAAAGCAGUGAAUUUUUAAGCUCCAAUGACCAACGAAAUUCGUCGGAUAGUCGCCCUUGUUGCACCAGCUACUGUCCCAGUUUGGUAAAAUAAUGGCCAAUUCACGGAUCAAGCGAAACCCUUCCAGACCCUGAAGAAAAACUGCCCGAUUCACGUUCACCUAGCCUGCGUCGUGUAAAACGUUUUUCGAGUAUUUAUAUGAUACAGUAACUAGAAAUAAAGAUGGUGUCAUCGGAUGAGGUAAAAACUGAUAAACGAAUAAGCACCCCCUUCCAAUAAGCGCCCUAGUUCAAAUAAGCACUCCCCCUCUCGGCGUCGAAAAUUAAAUAAGCGCCCAAUGCGCUAAUUCGAGCAUUUCCAGCAUUUCCACUUGCUAAAUACAUGUAAUUCCAAACAUUUAGGUACUCACGACGCAUAAUGUGGCUGGAAGUGACCUCCACCAAUAAUGAUCCUUCCAUUGUUGGCCAGUACUAUUUAGAUUGUGUUCGUCAGAUAGAAGGUUUGUAUAAUAACGCUUCAGCAUAGUUUAAAUUAAAUAAGCACUACUUCAAUAGGAACAGUAAAAGCUAUUUAGUGUUGUUAUUCAACGUAUUAGAGAGCCAUUUUUAAAUUUACUUAAGGUUCUCGUAAUUUCGUUAAUGUUUCAUUUUUGUCAUCGUAAAUACCAAUCUUUAUUAUUGUAUUAAAAUUGCACUGUUUUUCAGUUCUUAACUGCAAGAAGUGUUAAUAUAAUUUUGUUAUUAUUUACAAUUAUUAUUGUUAUUAUUAUAAUUAUUAUUGUUAUUAUUUUUUUUGUUAUUAUUAUUAGUUACAAACGUUGAUUAAAUUUGGAUUACUUUUCUGCUUUUUUUUUUUCAACAAGGUGCUCCUCGAAUUGUCAGGGCUGACUGUGGUACAGAAAAUGUAGUUACAGCUGGCCUUCAAAGGUAUUUUCGCUCUAAUGCUGAUGACGUCUUUGCAGCAGAAAACAGCUUUAUGUAUGGCACAUCCCCUGCUAACCAGGUAAAUCGCUAAGAAAUUAAUGAGCUUAUAAGGAACACUUUUGCAAUGUAAAUGAAAACCACCAAAUGCAUAAUGCGAGUCCCUAGAUACAUUCAAAGCAAGAGAAAAUAGACACCUUGUAGCUACCCUCGACGUAUAUUCAGUUUUACUCGGUUGGUGUUUAAUUUUAUCUAGAGAAUUGAGGCUUGGUGGUCCGUUUUAAGAAAAUCGAAUGCCGACUGGUGGAUAAAAUAUUUUAAGGUAAUUAAGAUAUGCGUACAACGUUAGCUUACCGGUGUAUAAUAAUUUAACAAUAAUAUAAUUAUAUUUAUAAUGCGCGAAUUUCAGGGCGAAUUUCAUUCAAUUAUUUUAAGAAAAGUUAUAAUUAAAAUUAAAAGUUAACUUACAAUAAUGAAAAACAACGGUAACAAAAAUGCAUGACGAGGUAAAGGUGAAUUUAAAAUACUGACUGUGUGCUUCUUAUUUCAAAUGGUAGCGCAUUCCAAAAAAAGAAAAUGCACCUACUGUAGCUCUGGAUUAAAAACGCGGGCAUGCAAUUUAUUACAUGAAUUUUUAGCGGCACGUUUAUUAAGUUAUUUUGAAGAAUCGUUUUUAGUGACACUUUUAUGUAGCGAGUUUUCGUAAAUUAAGUGUCGCAAAGAUUUCAUGUAAUAAAGGCAAGUAAAACUUUAUCACUGAAAUAUCCUAUCUUGGACCCUUAGAUUACAUUUGGAUCGGGGCGUAAGAGAAAUAAGAGACGAUUAGUAAGAAGGGUAGCCAGUGCAACUCAUGAUCAUAUUAAAGAGGCGUUACAUGGCAAACAUUUUUGUUUUUUGUAGUCACGUUUUUAAAGAUCAUAAGACAUUGGUCUAUGCUCAUCUGUUUCUAAUAACCAUAAUCCUUUAAAUCUGAGUUUUAUAAAACAGAUCAAAUGGGAUGAAAUUAAAGCACUUUCAGACUUUUCAGCAGAGCUUGUGAAAAACAAUCAUUUAUUAAACCUGAAUCUGAGCGUUUAUAUUAAAACUUUUUAUUUAAUUUCAUUGUAAUGUUUUGUUUUGCGGCAGGAUCUAAGAGACACUGGAGUUUAUGAUGACAGUGAUCCCCUACAAAUGUAAAAGUGUUUUCUUUAUUUAACAUAUAUAUAUAUAUAUAUUUACCAGACUAGAAAAAGAGGAACAGGCAAUGCUGGGAAUAAGGCAGAUAGCCUUCUUCAUAUACUAAUUCUCAGCCUUAUUCAGCUGGUGUUGCUGGUUGGUUUAAUUUAGGGUACGCCUGAUUUAGCUUACUUGCUCCUUGAUUAAACAAAAUGGAAAAAAAUCUUCUCUUGUAGGUGAUUCCUUUUGUUCGGGUCUGACCGGGCUAUACAAAUUAUGAUUUUCAUGAUGAUGAUGGUCAUUAUAUCAGUAACAGCUAUUUUAAUUAUGAUUGUUAUUGCUGUUUAAAUAUUUUACCAUAAUUAUCCAAAUAGCUGUACGUUUUUCUUGACAUAAUCAUCCAUAAUUUUGUAUUGUUAUAACAACCAAGAGUCGUCGACUAAUAAGUUCUUAUUUCUUAAAAGGCAGCUUUGUCUAUUUUGAACUUUAAAUUAUGUUUUUCUAAUUAUUGCGUUCCAGAGCAUGUCUGCAGUUUUGUUUUACUGGCUUGUUACAAGAGGAGUUGCACCGAGUUGCAAGACACUGGAACACACACAGGAUAAGACCAUAUCCUAACCAAGAGAGCCAUCCUGGAAAACCUGACGUUUUGUUCUUUAUCCCAGAACUUAAAGGCAAGUAACUCGUCUUUAAACUUAAAUAGUUUCACACUUAUAUGACCGCGUUACAUGUUUCUGUCGCACCUGAAUGAAAGCGGUUACCGAUUGCAUCUGAGAGCUGCGUGUUCUUAAAUUAUUAGAUGAUGAUGAUGAUGAUGAUGACGAUGAUGAUGAUGAUGAUGUUUUUCAGGCACCACUGAUUUCAAGACUCCUGUAGAUUUGGAUGACCUGGAAGUAGCAGAAAGAAACUUCUGUAAAAAGCGAGAUGUCUUUGGAUGCCGGAGCGAGUUUUCCGAUGUUUUGCAAAUGCUCAUGUCCGACCAUUCUUUGACAAUGCCAAGAGAUGCAGAAGAAGGAAAGAUCUUGUUUACCACACUAUAUUAUCUUUUGCAAGCAAUCGUUUAGCCUUUGCUUUUUGUUAAAACAACACAAGCGAAACAGUGUGAAACAUGUACAGAAAUAGAUCAGUGAAU